CCGAUUGGCUUGUAGACGCAUCAUGCUCGGAACAUGCUGGCUUCAUUCAUUUCCUCUCUCGGAUUUGUGGUCAAUAUCAUCAGCAUCGUCCCACCCAACCAAAUCGUCUUCACUCUCCACUGAGCUCAGCGUCCCCGGAAAAUGCUAGCUCGUCUCGGAGCCACGCGUCUUCUCGAGAUCCGUCAAGCUCUCCGCUUAACUCCUCAGGCAUCUCGAUCCUUCUCCACUGCCUUGAACUAUCACCUUAAUACUCCGGAUAACAAUCCGGACCUUCCAUGGGAGUUUACGGCGGCGAACAAAGAGAAGGUUAAAGAAAUAAUAUCUCAUUAUCCGUCCAACUACAAGCAAUCCGCAGUUAUUCCUCUGUUAGAUCUUGCACAGCAACAGCAUGGAGGAUGGCUCCCAGUUUCAGCAAUGAAUGCUGUGGCUAAGGUAAUAGAAGUUGCCCCUAUCCGUGUGUAUGAAGUUGCAACGUUUUACUCAAUGUUCAACCGGUCUCCUGUGGGCAAAUACCACCUAUUGGUUUGUGGCACAACACCAUGUAUGAUACGAGGUUCACGGGAAAUUGAAGAUUCAUUACUAAAACACUUGGGGGUGAAGCGCAAUGAAGUAACCAAGGAUGGCCUUUUCUCUGUUGGAGAAAUGGAAUGUAUGGGAUGUUGCGUAAAUGCUCCUAUGAUUACAGUUGCUGAUUACUCCAAUGGAUCUGAAGGAUAUACUUACAAUUAUUACGAAGAUGUUACUCCAAAACGAGUGGUUGAGAUAGUUGAGAUGCUAAGAAAGGGGGAGAAGCCACCGCAUGGCACACAAAACCCACAACGCACCAAGUGUGGACCAGAAGGAGGCAAUACUACUCUGCACGGAGAACCAAAACCUCCUCCAUGUCGGGAUCUUGAUGCCUGCUAAAGCUAUGGUACAAGAAUUGCUGCGGAUACUUGCUGUUGCACAGACGUGAGUGCGGUUAAUCACGGGCAACAAGAAGAGGAAAUAUUUGAUAGCAAUGUCUGAUGAUAUACUCGUCAGAUUUGCUGAGGCAUUGAGGGAAAAAGGACCAGCAUCUCAAUGACGCGUACAAAAGCUGUUUGAGUUUUUUCCUACUUGAAUCGAAGUCCCCUCUUUUAAGGAUUCUGUUUCCUGCCCUUCAAGUACAUAUUCGCACUGAAAGAGCAUUUUAUGAUUCCAGGAAGAUGGCUGUGUUAACAAAACAGUCGGAUUAGCAACGGUAAUCAACACAACCCAAAUCUCCCAUUGGAUA